UUUUACUGUGCCCGCAUCUCCACGAACCACUAAAGCCAUCGUUCAUUCCCAAACUUCAAAUCUCAUCCAACAAGCAUUCACCGACUGCUUCCAGUAGCACGGAUUGCCCAGAUGUCCUGUCCCUCCUGCUGCCGUGGGUGACUAGGCCUACCCCACUGAGUGUCCAAGUUCCCCAGAGUUUCCCGAGCCCGGCGGUCCACGGCGCGCUGAGGGCGGGGCUCGCCAUAGCGGGUCCCCCACCCCCGGGGCGGUGCCUGCGUGUCGGGGGCGAGGCCAUUGGAGGCCGCUCCCCACGCCUCUCGGGAGUCUAUAAAGCAAGGCUACACGGGGCCCGCUCGGCUGGACUCCCCCAGCCAUCGCCAACACCGCAGAGCAGAGUGAGCGCAGCCUCCCAGGGGCGCCGGGCGCCGGAGCCAUGACCCUCCGCCGACUCAGGAAGCUGCAGCAGAAGGAGGAGGCUGCGGCCGCACCGGACCCUGCUGGUCCGGCUCCCGACUCGGAAGCAACUCCGACCCGCUCGGGCCCCCCAGCUGCCGCCGCUCCGCCUGGAGCCCCGGGGGACGAGCUGUACGCCGCGCUGGAGGACUACCAUCCUGCGGAGCUGUACCGCGCGCUCGCAGUGUCCGGGGGCACCCUGCCCCGCCGAAAGGGCUCAGGAUUCCGGUGGAAGAAUUUCAGCCAGAGCCCUGAACAGCAGCGGAAGGUGCUGACUUUGGAGAAAACGGACAACCAGACCUUCGGCUUCGAGAUCCAGACUUACGGCCUUCACCACCGAGAGGAGCAGCGUGUAGAGAUGGUGACCUUCGUCUGCCGAGUUCACGAGUCCAGCCCUGCCCAGCUAGCUGGGCUCACACCAGGGGACACCAUUGCCAGUGUCAAUGGCCUCAAUGUGGAAGGCAUCCGGCACCGGGAGAUUGUUGAUAUCAUCAAGGCAUCUGGCAACGUUCUCAGACUGGAAACUCUGUAUGGGACAUCCAUUCGGAAGGCAGAACUGGAGGCGCGCCUGCAGUACCUUAAGCAAACCCUGUAUGAGAAGUGGGGAGAAUACAGAUCGCUAAUGGUCCAGGAGCAGCGGCUAGUGCAUGGCCUGGUGGUGAAGGACCCAAGCAUCUAUGACACACUGGAGUCCGUGCGCUCCUGCCUCUACGGCGCCGGCCUGCUCCCAGGCUCGCUGCCCUUUGGGCCUCUGCUCGCUGCGCCUGGGGGUCCCCGUGGGGGCGCGCAGCGGACCAAGGGGGACUCCGACGACGCCGUAUACCACACGUGCUUCUUCGGCGGCGCCGAACCGCAGGCACUGCCACCCCCGCCGCCCCCCGCGCGCACGCCAGGUCCCGGCUCCGCCGAGGCCCCGGCGUCCGUGCUGUGUCCCGCUCCCCGCGCCACGCUCAGCCGCAGCGCCAGUGUGCGGUGCGCGGGCCCGGGCGGGGGCGGCGGCGGGGGCGCGCCGGGCGCGCUCUGGACUGAGGCCCGCGAGCAGGCCCUGUGCGGCGCCGGCCUACGCAAGACCAAGUACCGCAGCUUCCGCCGGCGGCUGCUCAAGUUCAUCCCCGGACUCAACCGCUCCCUGGAGGAGGAGGAGAGCCAGCUGUAGGGGCGCGGGUGGGCAGGCGGGAGGUAUUUAUUUAUUUAUUCAUUGUAACAGUCAGUGCAAAAAUGGGAGCAGUAGUGCCGGUCCAAGGACCUCAAGAACCCAAAGCUGCGGAAGAGGGUCCUUGCUAGCUCUGGCAGGUCUGGUCGGUUCACGGCUUGUCUCUGCUGAGGAAAAAGGGAGCUUAGUUGCUUUCUUUCCUCCCCUACAUCACCACAGGAUCUCUGCAGUGGGAGUUGGGAGAGGUCUGAGGGACCAAAGAGGGCUGUGCAGCCUGCAGUCUGGGCCAGUUGUGCCUUGUGGGGGCCUGUCCCAAAAGCCCUCUCCUCAGCUUUACUUGCUCCCCAGUUUUAGCUCCUUGGGGAGAGGAGAUCCGUGAUGGGUCAUUCCCCACCCCGUACACACACACACACACACACACACACACACACACACACACAUCCAAGGGGGCAAGGUGCUGGGUCCCUCUCUCGAGUCUUGACCCUAAGGGCUUAACCCCUCUCCAGGGGCCUGUACUAAGUGGGUCCUGCCAGGCAGGGGUCCUGGGUUCUGCGCUCCUUGGGGAACAGGAAAGAGUACAUUCAGGUGGGGUGGGGCAGUCUGGACUGUACCACUUUUUUUUUUUUUGCAUAUGUUACUUCUAAACCACAAACUGUAUAAAAUUGAUGUAUUUUGCAUCUGUGUCAGCGUGGUAACUGCCUGUGGGGGAGGACUGCUCAGGCAAGCUCUGACUCCACCAUGCAGCCCCCUCCAAACACACACAGGCUGCCUUUUACAUCUUUCUUUUAGCCUGAAGCCAGGGAAAUUGUGUAGGGGAUUUUAAUGAACAUGUACUGGCCUGAAUUGAGCCCCCACCCCACAACCCGAGCCUCCUGUUGGCGACCAUUUUGAAGCUUUCCUCCCCAGAUCCUCACAGCAGAUAUAGGGGUCUCUUGUCUAGACUCCCUUACUAUCUCUGUGGGAAAGCCGGGCUCACUGGGGGGAGCACCUGAGGUUCACAAACAGCCACUGUCCACCCACCCUGUGACAGGUUCAGUCCCCUGUCCCCAGUCGGCCCAUUCCUGUGAGCCAUGAGGGUCUUAUUUCUGGGCCCCUUACUGCUCUGGAUGCUGGCUACAGACCUUCCUGGUCUCUCUCUGCAUUUGAUAUUCCACAAGUGUCUCCUACCUCUCUAAGGCCUGCCCAUCAGUCAGAUGUGGCCACGCCCUCUGUGACAUCACCAUCUGGCGCUGUCUUGACUUUAUGGGUUUAGCAUUUGGCCUGCCCUCCCCACUCACAAGGUCACUUGCUUCUGGCAACAGAGCCCAGGGACUUCCUGCUUUAUGUGCUGCCCAAUCCUAGUACACAAGACCCUCAAUACAGUGUGUUCCAGGUUAGCCCCAGAAUGUCACCACGUGUCUUGAAACCUGCUGAGUGACAGACUUGGUAAUCACAUGGCAAGCUAGCCGCAGAGUAAGGCCUGGCACCUAAGACCCUUUCUUCAUGUCAGUGGCCAGCAUUCAGUUGUAGCUUUGAGAGACGUUCCCUUCCAUGAGCACACCCCACUCCACAUAUUGUGUUUCCCUUCCGUGUGUGGACAUCAUUUCUGCCCCCAUUCUUAGGGUCACCCUUCACACAGCCAUCAGGUGACCCUUCCAAAAGCAAGCCCAGAGAUGGCACCUGAGCACUUGGGGGGUGGAGGCAGAAGGAGCAAAGAUGUCAGACAGCAAGUUAGGCCAGCCUGGGCUACAUGAGUAGCCCUCGUUUCAAAACGGAAGAAAUGCCUCAGCAGACAAAAGCACAUGUUGUAUAUAUAGACCUGAUGACCUGAGCUUGAUGCUCAGAACUGCAAAGAAAUAAAAAAAACAACUCCUAAAAGUUGUUCUGUGGCACAUGUACAACUAUUCUGAACACAUAAAUCGCUCUCUCUUUCUCUCUCUCACACACACACUAAAAUAUACACAUUUAAUUUUAAAAAGCUUGUUUUGAAACUUUUGGAACAAGGUCUUUGUACAUAACCCUGGCUGUCCUGGAACUUGCUAUGUAGGCCAGGAUCAUUCACAGUGAUCCUCCUGCCUCUGCCAUGAGUACUAAGAUUACAGGCAUGUGCCACCACGGUUGACACAUAGAUUUUUUUCUUUUUUUUUGGGGGGGGGACGACAGGUUUUGAGACAGGGUUUCUCUGUAGCUUUGGAGCCUGUCCUGUAACUUGCUCUGCCAACCAGGCUGGCCUUGAACUCAUAGAGAUCCACUUGCCUCUGCUUCCCGAGUGUUGGGAUUAAAGGCAGGCACCACUGCCUGGGAAACUGUUUUCUUUUUCUUUUUUAAUCAAAUCUCAACUUCUCUGUCUGCCUGAAACCCAUCAUGGAUUCCCCUGGGAGAAAGAUAUGAAGUUAGAACUUUCACCGUGGCCUGCCAUCACCUCGCUCUCAGCAGUCCCUCAGCCAUUGGAAGCCUUGUGUAGGACACAAACCCAUCCACACUUUAUUGGGAUGGCUUGCAUUAGACCUUACGGAAUCUUCUCUUUGCCUCUCUCUGCAACCUCAGAUUCUUUCUCCUUCCAUGUCACUGGUAUUCAGACCAAACUAUCUGCUCCUAUCCCCAAUUCUGCCAGCCUGUCUCUGGCCUCUGCCUAUGCUGUUCCUCUGUCUAUAUUUUUCUGGAUUGAUUCCUUGUCCUGAGGUCCCAACUUAACAACACCCCUCAAAGAUUUUUCUGGGUCCCCUGGCAUCAGUCUCCGUCCCCAUUAUUCUUUCUCUUAAGACAUUUGUUUUCUUUGUGGUAUUUCUUCAGCUUGGUAGUCAAUGCUGAAUUCUUGUAUUGAUAUUCUAGUGUCUGUCUUGCCAAUGUUGGAGCAGGUACAAAGCCUUAUUUAAAGUUGUACCUCAGGGUUGGGG